GGCUUCUUAAACGUAGCUAGCUAAAUUAUUAAUCUUUGGUGCAGGUUUUUGAAAGCAUGGUCUCAGUGUUGGAAACCAGGGGGCAAGCACAAGAGAAAGCCAUCAAAGAAGUGAGUGAGAAACUAAAUCUGCUUGAAGAGGGACUGAAGGGUUUCUACCCUAAUGGAUUUCCCAAGUCGUUUGACCCUAAGAAUGUUGAACUCCUAGAAGUGGUCAUUCUUGCACACUUAGGGGCAUAUGAGGCUCAGGAAGAAGUCCUUGGAUUUAAGGUCAUGGACCUUCGAACAACUCCACUCAUAUAUUCCUGCAUAAGAGCUAUGACUGAGAUACCUGAGGUGAAAGAGGUGAGCAAUCGUCAUGAGAAAGUGGUGGCUUUCCUCAAGUUUUUCAGAAAUAAAGCUAUUAAAUCUUCUGACUGAAGAAUAAUCCUGCUACUUGGGACUUUUCUGACCAAUGUUUUGUUGUAAUUUGUAAAAGAAUAAAACGAUUAGUAUCGCAAUUUCUGAUAGAGAUGAUAGUCAGAAAACUAAAUGCGGUACAUGUAAUGUAACUAUUUUUGAAAAAGAUUGUACGACCAUGGACGUUAUAUAUUGGCA